AUAAAAGUUUGUGUUAGACGUACCCGGUAGCUCUGCAUUUUUAGCACCAUUGUUUUGCGUUUUAAUCGCUUGUGUUAUAUUUAUUAAAGGCAAAUUUGUGCAACAUAUCAAAAAGUGUCCAUGUAAUCCGUGUGAUAACCCGAAAUAAGCAUCAUUGCCAAGAUGUCGGAUAAUGUAAAAGUUUCGAUCAAAGUACGGCCUUUGAUAAAACGGGAGAAGGACAGCAAACUAACAUCACAAUGGCGCGUAAAGGGGAACACGAUAGCACAUAUCGAUGGCACUUACGAUCGUUUUGUUUUCGACCAUAUCUUCGAUGAAACUGCGUCGUCAAAGGAUCUCUUCAACACCGUCUGCCGGCCGGUUAUACUUUCUGCGUUGAAUGGCAUCAACGGGACGAUAUUCGCCUACGGGCAGACGUCUUCCGGCAAAACGUACACCAUGAUUGGUGACGAGGAGGAACCCGGUGUGGUGCCGCUGACGGCGACGGAAAUUUUCGAGGAGAUCAAAAAGAUCAAAGAGCGUCAGUUUCUGAUACGCGUUGGAUUUAUCGAGAUCUACAACGAGAAGAUUCACGAUCUGCUGAAUACGUGCAACACCAACAUGAAAAUUGUGGAGAAUCAAUACGGCGACGUGACGGUGAAUUCGAGUGAAAAAAUCAUUAGUAGCGCCGAACAGAUCCUCAUGUACAUGGAUAAGGGAAACAAGGCGCGAAAAAUCGGCGAAACGAACAUGAACGAACGCUCGAGCCGGUCGCACACGAUCUUCCGUAUUAUGAUCGAAUCGCGUAUGAUUGAAGGCGAAUCGGACAACGAGGCAGUCCAGAUUGGAAUAAUCAAUUUGGUCGAUUUAGCUGGCAGCGAACGGGCUGACCAAACCGGUGCGACGGGUUCCCGGUUCAAGGAGGGCGUUUGCAUCAAUCGUAGCCUCCUGUCGCUCAGCUGCGUCAUACAAAAGUUGAGCGAAAAUCCUGACAAACAGUUUAUCAACUAUCGCGACUCGAAGCUAACCCGCAUCCUGCAGGCUUCGCUCGGUGGCAAUGCGGUAACAUCGAUGAUCUGCAACAUUACGCCCGCCGCAAUCGAAGAGACGUACUACACGCUUUGCUUUGCGAAUCGGGCGAAAAACAUUCGGAACAAGCCGAAAGUGAACGAGAUCCUCAGUGACGCUGCCUUGAUGAAACGGUUGGAACGAGAGAUCCAGCGCCUUCAAAACGAGCUGCGAUCUGAGCAAAACAAAAAUAGCCAGAUCAACCUGGUUGAGCUGCAGAACGCGAUCACGCUGCGUACGAAUCAGCUUAUAAACUCGAACCAGGCGAUGGGUACGAACAACGAUCACGCGCGGCGCCGUACCUGGUGCCCAUCGACCUCCGAGAUUCCUCGCUUAGCCAGACCGACCUCUUCAAUCGCGUCCGUAGGUGGUACACUGAUGGGACCACCACCCUCGAAUCUGCUGGUGCCGAACGGGAUGACGCCAAACAUCGCGAUCCGGACGAUAUCGGCGGAUGGGUGUGAAACUCCGCAGGCGAACGGGUUCCAAGCCACACUAGCCCUGAUGGGCGCAGAUUACGAUCAAAUCCCUUACCGUAAUCUGCUGGACAAUCGGGACCUUUUGGCACGCCAGAUGCGUUCAGUUUCGCCAGUUGGGAACGGGUUGUUGAAUCCGUUCAGUGCCGACGAGUUUGUACCGGGCGAGCAGAUCAGUUUCGGGCACUGUUCCCUGUCCCCGCUAUCGUCUAUGGCACGCGACUUGCACACACCGAAGAGCUUACGUCGAACAAGACGAUCGUCGACCGGCGAUUCGCCACCAUUUUUCGACUACGAGAAACGAUGCCGGGAACUGGAACAAGAGCUGAUCGAGCUGCAGGAGUUUACAAAGCUAGAGAAGACCGUCGAGCUGGACUACCUGAAGCAGGAGCUAUCGAAGCGUGACGAUUCGCUAGCCGGUCUUAGAGAAGACAUUGAAGAAAAAGAGCAACGAAUAGAACAGCUGGAGGAAAGAUGCACUCAGCUUGAAAUAGAAUUGAAAGAUCAGCAGGCACGAGUCAGCAAGGCAGAAAUCGAUCUGCUGCAGGCUGCAAAAGAACGUCAGGCGGCCGUACGGCAGGCGGAACUGCACAGCAAUCAGCUUACCGGUGUCGAGUUCGAGUACGAACGCUUCCGACAGCGCUCGGAGGCACGCGAGAAGGAGCUGAUCGAAUCGCUUCAGGAGGCACGCGGUUCGUCCGGCGGAACGGUUACGCCCAACAAUGCCGACGGAUUCCGGGUUGAUCAGAAGCGGGAGGAAAUGAAGCGUCUGGAGAUGCAAAAUUAUGAAUUUUCACUGCAGCUUGAAGAAUGUAACAAACAAAUUGAGCAGCUGAAAGCUUCCUAUCUCGAGCAGCACCGAAAGCUGGAGCAAGUUAAGCAAACGGUUCUGCAACACCACCACCAUCCCGUUCAAAGUGUACUGGCCGGUGGUAAAGGGGAUGAGGUCGCCACCCAUUCGCUGGUACAGUCCCUACGCAAACUGCUACUGUCAGGGGAGGACAUUGAAAAUGUUGAAACUGUUUCGCCACAAACCCACAACGAUCAAUCGACGAUCGAUCACGAUCCAAACGCGACCACCCUCGGGGACGCCCAAACCGUCCAGGAGUUGGUGAAAAUUAUUGAAACGCUCGAGCAAAACCUGCACACGAGCGAACAGGAAAAGAACACCAAUGGGACCAUGCUGGACGAGGUGAAACGACAGUUGGAUGGUAAAAUCGCAACGAUCGCGCAGCUAGAGAAGCAACUGCAAGGUUGGAAGCAAAAGUUCGAGGCACAGACGAGCGAGUACGACGAAAUGUCCACUCAACUGAUGGAUCAGAUGCAGGAAAGUGAGGAGCUCCGGAAGGAGUUCGAGGCGCUCCAACUAAAGCAUAGCACGGAACAGUCGGAGGCGGAAACGCAUGAAGCGGAUUUCUCGAAGCAAAUAGCCGUACUGAAGGAAACGCUCGAAAGAGCGACUAACGAGAAAGAAGAACUGCACCGGACUGGUGAGGCACUGCGAGUAGAGAUUGUCACGCUAAAGAAAGCAUUAGAGGAGAAGGUUACACUGGUGGACACGUUGGAAAAGGAGAAACGCACACUCACCACCAAUUGCGAUGAGGUAAUGAAGAGUCUCGGUGAAGCAAAUUCACGAACGGAAAAAAUGCGUAUAGAAAUCGAUGAACUGAAAGUAAAGCUAGCAAAUGGGGCGAAUUUAAAGGAUGGUUUGGAGAAAAUGUUUGCCGAGCAAACGAAGGAUCUCAGCUGCACGAUCGAGAAGCAGCGUGCGGAAAUGGAAGCUCUGGCAAAAGAAAAAACCCGCCUGGCGGAUGAGAUGGAGCUUUUGCAGAAAAAUGCACAAGAAAAUCUCCGCGAUCAGAUAGACCCGAAGAUGAUGGAAACCCUUAUGUGCCAAAAGGAGAACCUGGAGCAGCAGGUGAAUACAUUGCGGGAGAAAAUGGAAACUUGUCAGAAGGAACUGCACGCGGCCGAAACCGAACGAGACAGGCAAAUUCAACUCUUUUCGCAGGAAAAGGAAUCGUUUGAACAGGCAAAUGGGGAGCUUCGGCGGGAGGACGCCCGGUUGGAGGAAUUGAUUACUCAGGCGAAGGAGGAUCGCCAGCACGUCAGUGACCGGGAACGGUGUGCCCUGAAGGAGGAGUUGGACCUGGCUAGGCAAACGUACGACACACAGGAGCGACGUGUGAACGAGCUGCAGCAGGAGGUGGAAAGCUACCGUACUGAACUACAAACCAUUCAGAAGGAGUACACGGCACUGAUGGAAAAGGAAAAGGUCGAUAAGGAGACGUAUGACGAAGCUCACCGAAAGUACGAGGAAGAGAUCGAACUGUCCAGGGAAACGAUUGAUCAGCUUAAGAAACAAAUGGCCAGCAUAAGCGAGCAGGAAGCCAAUGGGCGGGAAACGAUAGAAAAAGCGCAGCUUGCACAGAAAACCAUGGAAGAACGUAUAGUUGAGUUGGAACAGGAGGUUCAACGACAUGUGAAGGGCCUUGAAGCGGCCCGAACGGAACACUCCGCUUUGGUUGAAGGUCACAACAAGGAAAAGGAAAACUUUGAGAACAUCCGUCAAAAGCUGAUGGAAGACAUUGAGUCAUCGAAGAAAACGAUCGAAAGUCUUACGGAGGAAAAACAGGAUUUGCUAGAGCGUCAUUCGGGUGAACAUCGGAAGGAGCAUGAAACACGUGCCGAGCAGAUGGAAGAGUUGCGGAAGGGUACUGCGUGUCUUGAACAAAGGCUCAAAGAGAAAGAAGAAGACAUAUGUAAAUAUGUUGUUGCAUUGGAAACCGCCCAAAAGGAAAAGGAUGAACUCAUGGAGCAGCAAAAACUGAGCAGUAAAACGGCGCAGGAUGCCCAGCAAUUGGCAGUAGAACAAAUAAGCCAGUUGAAGUCGACGCUGGUUCGUUUAGAGGAAGAAAAACGCUUCCUUGAAAACGAGCAGGCAGAACGUUUGGCCGGGCAACAAACGCUUGAACAACAGUUGGACGAGUUGAGGCAUGGAAGGGACGCAUUAGCGCUUCAGGUUGAGGAGCGAGAGCAGGAAAUCCUUCGGUAUAUCACCGAACUGGAAACGCUGCGAGCGGAACAGAUCCGCCUCGUGGAACAACAGAACGGCACGUGCAAGGAGCUUGAGGCUAGGAACGACUCCCUGGUGAAGGAACUCGACUCACUGCAGCAAACCGUCGAUCAAUUGCUGUCGGAAAACGAAUCCCUUCUGAAGGAGCAGCUCGAGGGCGAGGAAUCGCUCAAGCAGCGGCUAGCUUCGGAGCUUGAAGAGUUGGAAAAGUUGCGAUCCUGUCGCGACGAAUCCGAACGUCUUGUGGCGCAACUCGAGCGAGAUCUAACGACGGUACGGGCCGAGCUGGAAAUGGUUCGCCGUGAGCUGCUGGCCGAGAAACAACGUCACGAUGAUAGCGAGCAAUCCAAAGACGCUCGUAUUCGAUCGAUGACGGAAGAGAUCGAGACUCAGAAGCGUGCCAUCGUUGCACUCGAGGACGAGAAGCAGCGACUGCUGGAGGCCGAAGGUAGAUUGACGAGGCAGCUUGAAGAAAACAACCGUCGAACGUUGGAUCUUGAAGUAAAGCAGCAGGAAAUGGAAUCCUUCCGGGAGGAGCUCCGUAGAGAAAACAACGAUCUGACGGUGGCGGUGCAGGAACUGUCCGGAAAGUUGGUCAACCUGGAGGAGCAGAUGGAUGGGAAUGAGGCUGCGCAGCGCAAAACGAUUGACACUUUGGUGCGGGAAAAACAAGCCCAUGAAGAUGCGGCACACAAACACGAGCAGGAAGCGAAAACCUUGCGCCGACAGCUGGAUGAAGCGUCGGCGAAAUUCUACGACUAUCAGCAACGUCACGAAACCGCCCAAAAGGAGCUGCAGGACGUUCGGGUAGCGUUGGAGGAAAGCACUACCGUGCGGGGUCGGCUGGAGGCGGACAUUACUGAAUCGUCCAGUGUGCGAGAUGUGCUGGAGCGUGAGCUGCGCGAGCUGAAGACCGCACUCGAAAGCCUGGACAGCAAGCUGGAGAACGAACGGUACGAGCAGGAACGCCAAACAUCGGCCAACCUUCGGCGCGAGCUGGACGAAAAGCAGAAGGAGCUGGAAAGCUUCAUGGCAACCGGGCGCCCUUCGCUUGGCGAUGGCCGUGUGGUUCAAGCGUUGCGCCGUGAAAACGAAGAUCUGCUCAAGCAACUGAACGAAGCGCGUCAAAUCGAUGGCCUCAAGGGGAAGCAGCUGCAGGAACGGAUCGACGAGCUGCAACGACUCGAAACGGAGAUUACUCGAAUGCGCGACGAGAUGGCCACGAUGCGGCACGAGUCCAGCUUCAACGAGAAGGAAGAGCAAAUCACGCAACUCCGCCGAAAGGUGACCGAGGUGGAGAAGGUGCGCGAAGAGACGGUCCACCAGAAGCGGUCUCUCGAGCGGGCAUACGACCAGCUGCGGUUCAAACAUCAGACGCUUGCGAAAGAGGUGGACGAGCUGCGUCGUACGACGGACAAGGAGCGCAAAUCCCGCCGCCAGAGCACGCACGACGAUCGGCGCGGGUUGAUCUUUAACAGCAAGGAAGUGGCUACGAUGACCGAUCCCACCUCGACAAAUUGUGGCUGUCUCGAAAUGGACGCACAGAUCAAGGAACUUCGUAACAAGCUGACGUUGAAGGACUGUCAGCUCAACACGCAGAAGCUCAUCUCGUCGGCGAACCCGCUGAAAAAUGAAAUCACCGAGAUGCGCCGCAAAAUGGAUGAGCACAACCGCGAAAAGGUACAGGUCGAGCAGGAGCUGCGAGAAGUGCUGGCCGAGCUCGAUCGAGAGCGCAAGGAUCGCAAACGGCACUGCACGCAGUGCAUGCGCCACAGUCGGCAGCAGAAUGCACGCUGCGACAAGGCAGUACAGGCGUACCAUCCGGAGGAGAAAGCUACUACGGCGGCCGUUUCAGUGUCGAUCGUGUCAACCACACGCUCCCCCGCUGCCUCGACCGGGACACCCGCUCGGAAUGGAGCAACAAUGGAGACGGUUGCCGCCCUGCAGAGCCGCUGCGACGAGCAGCAGAAUGAGUACGACAAGUUGAUGGAAAAAUAUCAAAAGAUGAAACAGCUCUGCAGGUUGCGAAACGAGAGGAUUGUGAGCCUUGGCCAGAGUAUAGCGGAAAAGGAGAACGAAAGCACGAACGUGAACCGAAACAUGGAGGAUGAAUGUCUAAAAUUGAAGCAACAGCUGAAGGAAACUGAAACCCGCUGUGCCCAGAUUCAUCGACAGACGGUAGGAAAAGCAUCGACGAUCAAGUGUGAAAUCGGAGUGCAAACGGAGGCUGAUUCCGAAACGGAAAUAUAUCGGGCGAAAUACGAGCGUUACCGAGCCCUCUGCCACAAGCUGAUUGAAGAAGGUAAAAGUAAACGAUCGGCGGCAGUGGUGCAGUGAUAUAUUCGUGCAGGAAAAGUGCAGGCAAGUGUGCACUACUCUCUGCAAGAGGAGAAGACCGUUUGUGUUACCUUUCCAUUUUCCAAUCCAAGCCGAUUGAGAUUUGUUUAAAACGCGCCCUCCCGUACUGCGUUGGUUGGUUUUUUUUCUAGUCGUGUUUGUCUCGGAUGGCUAAUGAUGCUUUUCCGCCCUCCAAUCGCCCGAUGAGUCGAUCUUACCCCGUCCGUGUGGCCUUCUUAGAACCACCACCUUUUGUCGCUAUCGUUCAUAUGGUUGGUUUUUCUUUAUUUGUAGAGAUAUUUGUGUUCGCUUUGUGCUUAAUUAAAUCUACUAGCAUGUAAAAUAAGUAGGAAUGUUUGAUCGCAAACCCAUAUCAUCCUUAUGAAGCUGUUAAGCAGUUCAUUUAGGCUUAGUAACUGAAAAUAUUUAUCGAGAUUAAUAUUGUGUUAGUAAAAUUGUAUAGAGAUAAAGCGAUGCCAACAAAUGCAGUUAGAAUGCCGGCGGAGAAAUGGUAAAGAAAUCGAUGUACGAUCAUUUUCUUUUGUGUAAAAGACAUUAGAGCGGCAUAUUUUGUUAUGGAAAUUAUUAGUGCGUAAAGUUAUACCUGUAAGUGUACUUGUCGCUGCACUUUGGAUGCAAUAAAGCUCUAUCAAAAUAUUCAUAGAA